AUGGCACAAUACGGAAAAGCAGAAUACUGGGAAGAAAGAUACACAAGAGACGCAGAACCUUUUGAUUGGUACCAGAGAUGGAGUGGUAUUAAAGAUUUACUGGCCCAGUAUGUGUUUCCUACACAUCAGAUUCUACAUCUUGGAUGUGGGAAUUCGCGUUUAAGUGAAGAAAUGUAUGAUGAAGGCUUUAUUAAUAGCAUUAAUAUUGAUAUCAGCCAAGUAGUAAUCAAAGCGUGGGAUUUUUUAUAAAUUUUUAUUUUUAAAAAAAAGAAUAAAUAAAUUGUUUUAUAAAAAAAUCAAGGCUAUGCAAGAGAAAUACAGAGAUAAGCAGACGAUGAGAUUUCUGCAUAUGGACGGCAGGAACAUGGAAUUUGAUGAUGCAACAUUUGACGCUGUAAUUGACAAAGGUACACUAGAUGCCAUACUUUGUGGAGAAAACUCAACGGCUCAUGCUAAUAAAAUGAUUUCUGAAGUGUAUAGAGUGCUUUCUCCCACAGGAGUAUACGUUGCAAUCACUUAUGGGCAGCCUCCUCAUAGGUAUCCGUAUCUUGACAAAUCAGAGUACAAUUGGGAAAUCACAGUACACCAAGUCCAAAAGCCAACUAUCGCAAGCACAGCUGCAUUAGCUACAGACGACAGAGACCAGCCCAAUGUCCAUUAUCUUUACGUUUGUAAGAAACGAGGCGGCAGAGAAGCACCAAAACAAGCUGAAUAA